GGGGCGCUAAAUAUGUCAUUGAAUUUUGUAAACAAUGCUGUUACGUCGAAAAUGAAAACUUAGACUUUGGAAACCAAAUUUUUUUAAUUUCAAGAUACCAGUUCCUGAUCAUUUCUAAAAUUUUAAGGAUAGUGAUGAAUUCCAAUCAAUCACAUCAACAUACAAAUCAUUGUUGUCAUUCAGCAUAUUCAUCAGUGCAUCAAACUUUAGAAGAACUUGAUUUUGAAAAAGGUAUUUGGUCAGCAGCUUUAUAUGGUGAUUAUGAUAGAGUAAAAGAGUUUAUAGACAAAAACAAAGAUCCUUCAGUUAGAGAUUCUUCUGGAUACACAGCAUUACAUUAUGCAGCUAGAAAUAAUCAAUUACAGGUUUGUAAGUUGUUGUUAAAAUCAGGUGCUAAUCCCAAUGCCCAAACUCCAGGUGGUGCCACUCCUUUACAUCGUGCUGCAUUUAAAGGAAAUUAUGAAAUAGUUCAGUUAUUAUUACAGUCUGAUGGUGAUCCUACAAUAUGUGAUAGUGAUGGAAAAACACCAAUAGAUAAAGCAGUUGAAAAUAAUCAUAAAAAUGUUGAAAAUAUUUUAAAGGAAGCUGCUCAAAAUAAAAUUCUGUGAUAAUAUAAUGUUUGUAUAUUAAGUUAGACAAUAAAUCUCAAUAUGAAUAAGGAAGAACAAUUUGAUUUAAGAAUAGAAAUCUUCAAUAAUAAUGCAUGAUUUGAUUCUUAAUCCUACAUUGUCACAUUUUAGUUGAUAAGAUGAUUUUUUUAUGAUUAUAAUGAACACAGGAUGACACCACACCAAAUUAAUAAUAAUAACUCUCCCAUGGUCAUCACCUUGUUGUGGUGGGAGAGCCCAGUAAUUUUACUGAUCUAUUGGGCAAUGCCGGCUGGAGCACAAGCUCUUGGUAGGGAUACUCAUGCCAGUAAAGUCUAUGGGGAGAAAUGAAGCUAAGAGUGACCACACCCACAAUCUGUGGAGAUAUUUAUCAUGGUAGUAACCAGGUCUAAGUCUGAUACCGGUUCAGAUGUUGCCCAGGUUAGCAAGGUUUGUGUGGGUUAGGCAGAGGCUCGUGUUCAAAAAAUAUGCCACAGUCUCCUUUGGUUACUGGUGGUGAAAGCAGUGCCAGCCCAAGCAUGGUUACUGCAAUGUUCUCAACAGAUGUGAGGAACCAACUUAGCCUUGGUGUUUCUGUAGCAAUGCAGGCUGGAAAACCACUCCAAUGGAUGAAAUGGACAAUAGAAAUGAACAAGUGAAUCAUCCAUACUUACUACACCAUCACAAGACUUGAAACAAACAUGAUGGCAUAGACAACAACUACAUCAUAGAUUCACACAAUAUCCUCACUUCACUGCCACCAAACAAUGGGUUGUUGAUCAAAAAACAACAAUUAUACACAACCUUAUCCCACAAACAACACUUGAACUAUCAAACAACAGGUUGCUGAUCAAAUACAAGACAAGGUGAAAAGUUCUCGGCCUAGCCCAUAGAUGGCACUGCUACAAAUGAAAUUACUGUUUUGUUAUGGUGGUGGUGCACUUGUUGCAAAAGUAAAUACCAAAUGGAAGGGAUUCAAGUUUAUUCAUUUUUGACAAAAUGAAUAAACUUGAAUCCCUUCCAUCAUAAAAUUUUUCAUUUUGGAUGGUUUAUCGCCAACAGAAAUUCAUCCAAAGUUGGUAAAAGUGUGUAAGGAGUCUGCACCUUCGUUAUCAACAGUAAAAAAAUGGGCAGCGAGUUUAAACGUGGUUGUUCAUCAAUUGAAGAUGAUCCAAGUGAAGGAUGGCCAAAAACUGCAACUACCGAAUAAAAUAUUGAGAAGAUACAUAAUAUGGUUCUAGAUGACAAUUAAAAGUGUAUGAGAUAGCUAAGGCUGUAGGCAUCUCAGAAGAAAGGGUACGGCACAUUUUACACGAAGAACUCAGUAUGAGAAAGCUUUGUGCAAGAUGGGUGCCGCAUUUGUUAAAUGCUGAUCAAAUGACAUAUUGUCAAUAUUUUGUAUUUGAUUUGUCAAUGUUUUGUAGUUGAUUUGUCAAUAUGACAAAUGAAACAAAUGACUAAUUGACUUUCUUAGAAAUGUUUGUGCCAUUUUAAGAAGGAUCCAACUGAUUUUCUGCACAGAUUUGUUAUAAUGGAUGAAAGAUGGGUUCACCAAUUUACAUCUGAGUCAAAAUAACAAUCCAAGCAGUAGGUAGAAACCAGUGGCUCUGCACCGAAGAAAGCAAAGACAAUUGCAUUGGCUGGAUAGGUUAUGGCUAGUAUUUUUUGGGAUUCUAAAGGAAUUCUUUUAAUUGACUACCUGUUAAAGGGUCAAACAAUUAAUGGGGAAUACUAUGCACAUCUUCUUGACCAGCUAGAUGAAAAAAUUAGAGAGAAAAGGCCUGGUUUGCAAAAAAAAAAAAUCCUUUUUCACCAGGACAAUGCACCCGCUCACAAAGGCGCUUUGACAAUGGGAAAAUUAAAACAUUUGAAGUAUGAAUUGUUGGAAUAGCCUCUCUAUUCACCAGAUUUGGCUCCCUCUGACUUUCAUCAAUUUCCAAAUCUUAAGAAAUUUUUGACUGAUAAAUGUUUUGGUUUUGGUGAAGAGGUGAUAGCAGCGGUAAAUGGAUAUUUUGAAGACCUUCCAGAAUUGCACUUCAGGGAUGGAAUUCAGUUAUUGGAGAAAUGUUGGACAGAGUGUAUUGAACUAAAGGGAGACUACAUUGAGAAAUAAAUGCAUUUUUUAAAAUAAAAAACUCAUUUUUUCACUACUAGGCCGAGAACUUUUCACCUUGCCCUCGUACAUCAACAGAAACAUUAACAUUAAUAAGGAUCACAUAACCUGUCGGGAUAAUUCAGCAACAAGCACUGAUUAUAGCACACACACAACAAUUACCACUAAUGAU